AUGGAGUCUCAGUUAACUUCUCCGAACCUUCUAGGGGUCUCAGUUGUUACAUUUGGCACCAAAAAUGGUUUUGGCGAGGAAGAUAACAGGGCACUUGAGACCGUGUUAAAGCUUUAUACGGCGAUCAAGCAGAGGAAUGUUGGAGAAUUGUCAGACGUCAUUGGAGAUGAAUGUAGAUGUGUUUGUAACUUCUUUUCUUACUUCCAUUCAUUCUAUGGGAAGAAGCUAGUGUUGGACUUCUUCAGAUUUUUGUUGGAAUACUUGGGAAAGAACAUAGAAUUUGUAGUGCGUCCCACAUUACAUGAUGGAAUGAAUGUUGGCGUUUCAUGGAAAUUAGUAUGGGACAAGAAGCAUGAUGUACCACUUGGAAAAGGUAUCAGCUUCUAUAUGUGUCAUGUCUACCAUGGAAAGAUGGUAAUAAGGAACGUGGAGAUGUUUUUGGAGCCGCUUGUCCAUAUCGAACCGCUUCAACUGAAAGUCAUUGCAUUUGUGAUGUCAAUCUUGGAUAAGUGGGGGUGGAACAAAGAGGUACAGAGCUGGAAUAAAAUUAGAUCAAACAUCAAAGAGAAGAGGGCUUUAUAUCUCUCGUCCACUUUGGCUGUCACAGUUGUGUUCUUGUUCAUGAUCGGCCUGUGCUAGACAAUACAGAUAUACAUGUAACGUUGCUAUUAAGUUUUCUUUGCUAUUGCUGCACUUGGAAAAGACGGGAACAAAUUCCCUAUUUACUUCUCUAACAUAAGGUCAAGUUCUUGUUACAACCAUGCAUAGAGGU